ACAUGUCGACAGUGCCUCAAUCUCUACCCCGGUUGGCAGUAAGAGCGGCAUCUACUUCCCUGGGAGAUAUAUUGGUGUAGGCUAGACUUUGAAUCUCAUGGCACAAGCUCAUGGCGGUCUCAUCUAAGAGCAGCACUACACCCACGGACUACGUACUACGUGAGCCAGGCCCAGCAGGCAGCACGCGGGUACCCCACCAAAAAAGACCAGUACCUGAGCGUCCUAUCCCGGUAGCCUGUCGCGUGGGUGUCCUGAUUCGACGGGUGCAGCACGUGUAAUAACGAGGAAGUAGCUUUUGAUAGCGUGGUCUGGGGGAUAAGAUUCCCAAUUUCCAGACGGACAAGAGCCGCUGAAUCAAGCCAGACGAAGCUCUAGGAGCCUGCGACGGAUCGUCCUGUGCAACGUGAUUUGCUUUUUGGCGGCGCGCGGCUUGUCGUUCCGAUGUACAGAAAGUGACG